AUGGUUCACAUCAAGCUCACCUCAGCAUUCAUCGCUGCUGCGUUGGCCGCUUCCUCUUUCACCGCCGGCGCUCCUCUUCCUCGCGACGGUCAACUUCCACCUAUAGAUCCCGCUAUUGGCCAGGUACAGAAAGGCAACAUCACACCUCUACAAUUCACCAACGGUCCUUUGGUGCUAAAUGGUCGACGUGCCCCUCGCGACGGUCAACUUCCAGACUUGGCAUGGGGCCAGCCAGACGGUGACGGCAAUAUCAAGCCUUUGCCAAUGGGUCACGGUCCCGUAGUCAUCAACCGUGAACGAGAUGUGGAAGCCGACCUUACCCGUCGGAUCGUCAUCACACCAGAGAUGCAAAGACAAAUGCAGGAAGAAGGCAAGUCUCUUCCAACCUCGGCUCCUGGAACGAUGCACAUUCUUCGUCGCGAGGGGGAGCAAGAAGAGAUGCACCGUCGCAUCGGCCUCUCACCAGAGAUGAUCUCAUCCAUAAAGCAAGACGGCAAGCCUCUUCCAUCUCCUCUCGCCAAUGGCGUGCAGCCACAAAUGUCUCAAAGGGAAUUGGAGCAGGAAGAACUUGAAGCUGUAUUCGGAAGAUCCGCUGAACGUCGUCAAGGUCCCGGGCCACGUGGUGGCUUCGGUGGACCUGGAAGAGGCGGCUUCGGAGGAGGAAGGGGUAGAGGUGGUCCUUCUUUCGCUGGAGGUCGAUACGGCGGACGAUCGUUGGCUGCCAGAGACCCUCUGGGACCUCACGGUGGUCCCGGUGGCCCACCAGGCGGCCAUGGUGGACCUGGUAGUCCCGGCGGCUUCGGCGGUCGUGGAGGCUUUGGUGGUCCCGGCGGACCAGGUGGUCGAGGAGGUUUCGAAGGCGGUCGUGGCGGUGGACGUGGUCCCCCAUCCUUCGGAGCUCGCACCAUCACUGACGACGUCGAAGAGACGCUCGCUGCAAGAGACCCACUCGGCCCUCACGGUGGCCCUCAUGGCGGCCCCGGCGGUCCAGGAGGAUUUGGCGGACCCGGAGGAGCUGGCGGCCAUGGAGGCUUUGGUGGAGGCCGUGGCGAUGGACACGGCCCUCCAUCCUUCGGAGCUCGCUCUCAAAACGACGAGGAUGUUCUGGCGGCUAGAGACCCGCUCGGUCCUCAUGGUGGUCAUGGCGGCCCGCCAGGCGGUCACGGCUUUGGUGGACCAGGCGGACCGGGUGGUCAUGGUGGCCCUGGUGGUUUUGGUGGCGGUCGAGGCCCUCAAGGUUUUGGCCCUCGUUCGGACAAGGACGAGGAUGUUCUGGCUGCUAGAGACCCGCUUGGUCCUCACGGCGGCCAUGGUGGUCCGCCAGGCGGUCACGGCUUUGGUGGCCCAGGCGGGCCAGGUGGCUUUGGUGGUCACAGGCCUCAGUCUUUCGGCGCACGCUCAGAGUCUGAGGACGACGGCGGACCAGACGACUCUGAAGAGAAUGAAGACAUUGCAAGAAGGUACGCGGCCAUUCCUGGUCAGCACGUAACCUUUGGCACCACGGUGCAGCUGCCAAAGGAUAGGCCUAUUCUUCCCCGCGAGCCCUCGCCCUUGCACGGACCAGUCGUGCACGACAAGGAGUGGUAUGAAGCUCACGGCUUCACGGGUCAGCCAUUGCCGCUUCAGAACCAGAACGCUAGACGCGCAAUGACGCACGAAGCCCCCGAAUCCAUCGAUAGCGCAGCGCGCCAAAAGGCGGGCCUGACCAAGCCAAUCGUCAGUGAUAUCAGCCAGAGUGGCAAGCAGGCGCAGGGGUGCGCUGCGGAUGGCUCGUGCUUCCGCGUCAGAGCCGACGAGGCUCAAGCGUCAAGGAUGCACACCAAACAAGCCGUCGACAAGGCCCUUGAUGCAUGA